AUGCUAUUUGAGCUUCCAGAUAAAAUUGGCAAAGCAUUUGGAAAUGGUACACUUUCGAUCUAGUCAAGCAAAAAUAAUAAAUUGGCUGAACUUAUCAAUUCUAAAUAUACUGAAGAUCUAGUUGAAGCUAUCAGAAUUUUAUAUUGCGUAUCGAUAUCAUCUAUAAAUAUAGUAAUAUUUACAAAAUAAAGAUCUAACUCUUUAUAUGUCUAGAAUAAUUAANAUAAAUCAAAAUAAUAAUGGGAAAAAAUUAGAGGAACAAAAAAGGGAAAAAAGAUCAAUUGAUAAAUUAGAAAAAGCUGAUAAAACUGAAAAAAUAAUUGAAAAGACACCAGAAAAAAAUUCAGAAAAACAAAAACAAUAAUAAAUAUAAAAAGAUGUUGAUAAUGUGCUUAACAAUAAUACAGGAAAUGGUCCUCAUAAACCUAGAAAGAGUAAACCAUGUUAAGUGAAACAAGUUAGACAUGAUAAUGGAAGAGUAGAUUUUUUGGUGUGUUUUGAAGAUUAAACAGAUUAAAAAUGGAUUUCAUUGGAUGAGAUGAAAGAAAAAGCUCCUGUGGCUGUUUGUGAAUUUUUAUUAGGAAAAGUAAAAUAUGGAGGGACAAUGAAUAAAAAGUGA